ACCAAACUAACCUAGUACAACAUGAAGCUGCUCUUCGUCGCCGCAUUCUUGGCUGUUGCUGCCGCCGUACCAUCCAGCUACAAGCCGGAAUACAAAGCUCCCAGCUAUCCUGCCCCAAGCUACACGGCACCAAAGUACCCUACUCCUAGCUACCCCUCACCAGCCUACCCCACACCAGCCUACCCCGCACCAGCCUACAAGAAGGAUAACAAAUACGAUGACAUUACCAUCACCAGCCAAUCUGAUGAGCGCAAUCUCGAUGGCAGCAGCCAAUGGAGGUAAGUCAAUUUAAUUCUU